CACGAUUCGGUUCACAGUCACCCGAUGUAUUUCAUCUGCACUGGGUCAACCUAUUCCAACGAUGAAAAUUUUCGUUUGCCUAAUCAUUUUGUUCGUUGCAGCACGCUUGGAGGCCAACUCCGACGAAGAGAAGAAAGCACAAGCCAAGGAAAUGAUGCGAGGUAUGGCCGAGGAAUGUAAGAAGAAAGAAGGCGCCACCGACGAGGACGUGGAAGCAUUGCUCGAAGACAAGACACCGGAAACGGAGGUCCAGAAGUGUUUCCUUUCGUGUUUUCAGCACCAGUUCCAGAUUUCCGACGGCAAACGGUUCAACAAGGAUGGGUUUAUGCAGCUCAGCGCAAUGAUGUUCGGGGAGGACCAGGAGAAAAUGGCCACAGCCGAGGAGAUAGCCGAAGAAUGCUCCAGUGUGGAGAACGCUGACCGUUGCCAGCUUUCGGUGGACAUUAAAGAGUGCGUCGAAAAAGCGAUGGACAAAAGGGGAAUCAAAAUGGAGAAAUGAAGCUGGCGACGAUCGAAUAUGUUCUAAUGGCUUGGAAGGUUUUGUGACUAUUUCAGUAUCAUAUCUUACAAUUGUUAAAACGAGCAUUGAAAAACUGAUUGAUUGCUAGCGGCUUAACGAACAUUAUAAACCAAUAAAACCUCUUUAUUAACAGAACUA